AUGGAUCCUUCAAAGCAAGACGACCCUCCUCUUUCCUCUCCUGAAUCUUCUUCAGCUUCUUCAACCUGGUUCAACAUUCCCCCAACUAGCUAUUUGACCGUUCCGAGCACUCGACCCGAGGGAACAUCGUUUGUGCUGCCAGGCCCUACCGCAUUCGAGGAAGACGAUCUUGAUCCGAUCACUCGGCCAUCCCAGUCAUCUCCUUCUGAUACUGUUCCGCAGAUCCUCGAGCCGCUCCGCAUUAGUAUACCCACGCGGCAAUCUACACCGGUUCCCUAUCCACAAGAAAUACCCGAACAACCUCCCAACCAGGUUUACAUGUCGGUCUACUCUGCGAGCUCAGCCGAUUCUGAGUACAGCGUAUACAGCAAUCCACCCGCCAGGAGCUACCGCGUUCCUUCUUUUCAAAAUAUGUCAGCGUCUCGCAAAAUCUCUACGGCGGAAAAGGAUCUGAUGAUCCAGGCCUUGCGAUCGCAUCAAGUCAAUACCCUGGUGGAGCUUCGACGCAUCGAAAGGGCAUUUGCAGUUCUCGGUUCCCCAGAUCUUACCGAGCCCAUGACCGCGGCCUGGUCAUACUACGUCAACUCCCACUCUCUGCUGACGGAGCUACGAGGCCUGACGAAAAACUAUCCAUUCAGCUCUGAAUGCCUGGAGGAAGCUAAGAGACGCGUAUACUCCGACCCGCAAAGUAACCGCAGCUGGAACUUCUGCUGGCUUGUGCUCACUAAGAUCCGAACUGAUCAACUGAUUCCAUACUACGCGCAGUACCAAGCGGCGCAGCCAACAAUGUGGGGAGGCCGUGCUCCAUCCUCAGAAGGUGUUACUCAACUCACCAACGGCUUCGUCGCAGAAUGGGACUGGGCUGUGGGCCAGAUGCUCAGACACUGGGAUCAACCGCCGGCCCGCUAA